UAUACAGAGUGCAUGAAACUUGAGUUGUUUUAAUUUAUUUUGAAUCAAUGGCUUUUGUGUUAUGGGAAAUGUUGAAAGAAUCAAUCUCAGCAUACGCAGAUCUCUCUCCUGCGAUUUUGCUUACAUCUUUAACCUUGGGACUUGCCUUGUUCUACGCUAUUUCGCUGAUGUUGAGGCCUUCUGCUCAGCCACAGCAGCAAGUCGCAGUGGUGGAAGACAAUAAUGAAGUUACACUGGAUACCACAACUACUCAAUUAGCAGCUGUCACUCCAUCCCCUCUAUGGGAUGUCUUUUUGAGUUUUCAUGGCAAAGACACUCGUAGAAAUUUCAUUUCAUAUCUUUACCAUGCUUUGGAUCAGGCGGGGAUUGUAACUUUCAGAGAUGAUCCUGCACUUGAAAAGGGUCAAGAAAUCUCAUCAGGUCUGCGUGAAGCAAUCAGAAAUUCUAAGAUGUUUGUACUUGUUAUCUCAGAGAACUAUGCUGCUUCAUCGUGGUGCCUUGAUGAGCUUGUAGAGAUCCUGAGUUGCAAGAGAACAAAAGAUCAGGUUAUUCCCGUAUUUUACUAUGUUAAUCCAUCAGAUCUACGACACCACAAGGGGAGUUUUGGUGUAGCUCUUAAAAAGCAUGAGAAGCGUUACUCUGUUGAUAGGAUUCACAAGUGGAAAUCUGCGCUUACGGAAAUCGCAGCUCUGUCAGGUUACCAUUUGGAAGACACGAAAGAAGAGAGUGAAGCGGAUAUGAUUGAAAAUAUUGUUGAGGAUGUUCUGUCACAAGCAUCGAGAAAGGUACUAAACCUUGAAAGUGAUCUAUUCGGGACAGAUCUUGCCGUUGAAGAGAUAUAUCAACAACUAAGCAUGGAGUCGGAUGAUGUUCGUGCCCUUGGAAUAUGUGGAAUGGGUGGAGUUGGGAAAACUACACUAGCCAAGGCUUUUUACAACAAGUACUCCCACACAUUUGAUGUAAGUUGUUUUAUGAAAAAUGUAAAACAGAAUUCUCAAGCAGGUCCUUUACUUCAGAAAAUUUUGAUUGAGCUUCUCAGAGUGAAGGAUUUUAAGGUCCGUGACGUUGAAAGUGCAAUAAGAAAAUUGAAAGGCAUUCUCUGCAGUUCUAAGAAAGCCCUCAUUGUUCUUGAUGAUUUGGACGGGUCAAGCUAUACAGAAUUGCUAGCAAGGAUUUGCAAGCUAUUUAUUGAUGGAAGCAGAGUUAUAAUUACGGCAAGGGAUGCAAACCUUCCAAAUCAACUAAAAGUGGAAAUGUUAAAUGUAGAUACAUAUAUGGUGAAGCAUUUGAAUCGAAUGGAUUCACUACAUCUCUUUAGCUAUCAUGCCUUUAAAAAAUCAAAGCCUCCAGGAAAAUACUUAGCUUUGUCUAAAAGUUUUGUUACUUAUGCGGGAGGCCUUCCAUUAGCUCUAAAGAUGUUGGGUUCUGUUGAAAAUAAAAACUAG